CCCCCCACCACCUGAACCCCCGCCGGCACCACUUUCAUCGUUACCAUGUCCUACAGUGAACGCGCUGCCCUCAAGGCCGAGGCUGCAAAGGUUGAACAAUGGUGGAGGGAGCAUCGCUUCAGGAAGGUGAAGCGACCCUACACCGCCGAGCAGGUUGUUUCCAAGCGUGGCACACUCUCUAUCCAGUACCCCUCCAGUAUCAUGGCGAAGAAGCUCUUCGCUUUGCUCGAUGAGAAGUUCAAGAGGGGCGAGCCCUCACACACAUACGGCGCUCUCGAUCCCGUGCAGGUAACACAGAUGGCCAAGUACCUUGAGACUGUCUACAUUUCUGGCUGGCAGUGCUCGAGCACGGCUUCGAGCACCAACGAGCCCGGACCUGACCUUGCUGACUACCCCUCGAACACCGUACCAAACAAGGUCGAGCACUUGUUCAACGCCCAGCUGUUCCACGAUCGCAAGCAGCGCGAAGUGCGCUCGCGUCUGUCCGAAGCCGAGCUCGCUAGCACACCUGUUAUCGACUACCUCCGCCCCAUCGUCGCCGACGCGGACACUGGUCACGGCGGUCUCACCGCGACGAUGAAGCUUGCCAAGAUGUUUGUCGAAAAGGGUGCUGCAGGCAUUCACAUCGAAGACCAGGCGGCGGGCACCAAGAAGUGCGGGCACAUGGCUGGCAAGGUGCUCGUGCCCAUCCAGGAGCACAUCAACCGCCUCGUCGCGAUCCGCCUCCAGUUCGACGUCUUGGGCGUCGAGAACCUCGUCGUCGCCCGCACGGACUCGGAGGCCGCGGCGCUCAUCACCACCAACGUCGACGAGCGCGACCAUCCGUUCAUCCUCGGGAGCACGAACCCGCACCAGCGCCCGCUCGUCGUCGUCCUCAACGAGGCGCAGUCGCAGGGCAAGAGCGGCGCCGCGCUCGAGGCCGUCGAGGAGCAGUGGAUGAGCGCAGCGGGCAUCAUGCUGUUCGGCCAGGCGCUCGCAAACGCACUCAAGGCGCAGGGCGCCUCCGCGCAGACGCUCGAGCGUUUCCACGCGCGCGUCGCGCACGUCUCGUGGCCGGCCGCGGUAGAGGUCGCACAGGGUGAGUUCGGGCUGCGGCAGGUACCGCACUGGGACUGGGACGCGUCGCGCACGCGCGAGGGGUACUACCGGUACCAGGGCGGCACGCAGUGCGCGAUCAACCGCGCGAUCGCGUACGCGCCAUACGCGGAUGCACUCUGGAUGGAGACGAAGAAGCCGAUCCUCGCCCAGGCGCGCGAGUUCGCCGAGGGCGUGCACGCGGUGUACCCCGAGCAGUGGCUCGCGUACAACCUUAGCCCGUCCUUCAACUGGGACGCCGCGGGCCUCAGCACGGAGGACAUGAAGUCCUACGUGUGGGAGCUCGGGAAGCUCGGGUUCGUCUGGCAGUUCAUCACGCUCGCUGGCCUCCACUCGAACGGGUACAUCAGCGACCUGUUUGCGAAGAACUUUGCCAAGGAGGGCAUGAAGGCGUACGUCGAGCUCAUCCAGCGCAAGGAGCGCGAGAUUGGGUGCGACGUCCUCACACACCAGAAGUGGAGCGGCGCAGACUAUGCGGAUAAUAUGAUGAAGACCAUCACUGGCGGCGUGUCAUCGACCGCCGCAAUGGGCAAGGGUGUUACCGAGGACCAGUUCCACGACGGCCCCAAGCCCAAGUUGUAGUGUCUCUUCAAAAAAAAAACUGCGCACCUUCGAUGCGCGCCCUGUGGUUGAAUGCGUUCUCAGAUGGGUGGUUCUUGGUGCGGUGGCCGCGAUGUAACUUUUUCUAAUCUGUAUAAUAAUGCAUCGUUCUGGACGUAUUUGUAUGGUAUAAAGGAGCUUCAUUGGCCACAGGCGUAAGCGGUGUUCGGCCAUGGGCGGCUACCAUGUGAGGUUCAUCAAC